AUGGACUCGGAACCAUCCACACCAUCCACAGUCUCUACCUCAUCACGAGUAAAUGAUUGUGACAUUUCUAGAUAUAGAACUGCUACUGAACUUGUACAUUUAGAUAAUGGAGAAAGCGGCGUCAGAGAUAACUAUAAUUCAUCCUCGACACCAAUCUAUCAAACUGCGACAUUUAAGCAAAAUUCUGCUACUGAAGUAGGAGAUUUUGAUUAUACGAGAAGUGGGAAUCCUACUCGUUCGGUUUUAGAAAGUCACCUUGCCAAAAUUAUGUCAGCUAAGCGUGCAUUUGCCGUCAGUAGUGGUAUGAGUGCAUUUGAUGUGAUUGCUCGAUUAACACAUCACCUUGACCUGACAAAUCCAGCGAUUCUUUAUUCGUAUCUUCACCCGACACGAACUCGUCUUGUAUUAUUGGAAACACCCACAAAUCCCCUAAUUAAAAUAUGUGACAUUCCCACAAUUACAUCAAUUGUACACGAACGCUGCCCAAAUGCUUUAAUAGUAGUAGACAAUACAAUGAUGUCCCCUUAUUUACAGAAACCGUUAAGGUUAGGCGCUGACAUUACAUAUCACUCUGGAACAAAGUAUCUUAGCGGGCAUCACGAUUUAAUGGCCGGUGUAAUAGGGGUGAAAGAUGAAAUGGUUGCCGAGAAAAUAUAUUCUACCAUUAAUGCUACCGGAUGUGGAUUAUCACCGUUUGAUUCGUGGCUACUUUUACGGGGAAUAAAGACUUUAGCUAUUCGCAUGGAUAAACAACAAGCAAACGCACAACAAAUUGCCGAGUUUCUCGAAUAUCACGGGUUCAAGGUCAAUUUCCCCGGUCUAAAAUCCCAUCCACAAUACGAUCUACACUUCAAAAUGUCUCGAGGUCCUGGUGCUGUUCUGAGUUUCUUAACUGGCGACACGGAACUCAGUGAACGUAUAGUGGAGUCAACAAAGUUAUGGGCUAUUAGUGUUAGUUUUGGAUGUGUAAAUUCUCUAAUAAGCAUGCCAUGUAGAAUGUCUCAUGCUAGCAUUCCUGCAGCGGUCCGUGCGGAAAGAGGCAUCCCAGAAGAUUUGAUACGUCUUUGUGUUGGAAUCGAAGAUGUCAAUGAUCUGAUUGAAGAUUUGUAUCAAGCAUUAGUGAAUUCCGGUGUUAUGAAAUAUCCUAAUGGGAACGAAAUGGUACAAUUCGAAACUAACACCAAUUACUGA